AUGGUCAAGAGAAUCGCCAAGUACGGCUUCAAGUCGGGUAUCCUCCCUAAGCCACGUCAAAUUGUUGAGCCCUAUAAGACCCGUAAGGAGAUCGAGGCUUUGGAAAAGGCCAACGUUGGUUUCCGUGAUCCGGAACUCAUCCCCAAGGGUGUCAAAGCCGCCGUGAUUCCCCUCAAGCCCCGCGUGACCAUCGAUUCAAUCAUUGAAAAAAGUGCAAAGGAACCUACCCCUGGCGGAACAGCAUCUAAGCGUGCACCCUGGCGUCAGGAACUUUCUGCCAUGCGCCGCUCAUUCCUUGUCCAAUCUCUUCAGAACCAGGACCGUGCAGAACUGCGCGCAAUGAAACUCCGCGAGAAGCGCGAGGCUCGCCAGGAAGCUGAGGACCUCAAGAAGGCCGACCCUGAACUCACUAAGCAGUCUGAGUCUACUCUCCUCACUCUUCCUACCAUUGAAUCCUUCCUCAACAACACACACCCAUCUACUUCCAGCAUAACAAGCAUAAACGAUGUUUCUCAGUUUGUCGUUCCUCGCACCCGCGCUGAACAAAAGCUUCUUAACACCCAGAGAAAGGCCAAUUUGGUCCGCAAGCGUUUGGCCGAAACUGAGUCUCGUGCACGCUCCUUCCUCGAGCUUUACCAGAGCACAUCUACUUUCAUUACCACUGAGGAGGGUCUCAACGCUGCCAUCGAGGCCGAGUUUGCUCAGCCUGACCAUCCUGCUAUGGGCGGUCGUUUUAGCGGUCGUUCCCAAGGGUUCUUUUCAUCGUCUCUCCCCUUUUCCAACAACCCCUUUUCUGCCUUUGAGUCUUCUUCUACCCCAUCUUCCGCCAUUCUUUCUGCCCCAACAUUUGCCAAUGUGACUUCGGCCGGUGUUUCUGCACCAGGAACCUCUGUCCAACAGGAAAAGGUCUUGUCCGAGUCUGAAAAGGACUCUUUCCGCAGCACCAUGGCUAAGCAACUCUAUGGCGUCACCUCCAACUUUGCGCCGGGUCUUGCUGAAGUCGAGGACGCCAUCUCCGGCGCUACCGUCCAGCACCACAAGAUUCUUGCUGAGCUGCUCCAGGAACAGGAACGUCUCCAGUCCCAGGUCGACGCUGAGCGUGAAUCGAAAUAA